UCACCUGUUCGAUUGUAUGUUACGACCUGUGCUCUAUUAGCAUCAACGUUUAACGAGAAUAGGAACCGAACGAGUUUCUCCCGCGGAAACGUUGUUCAGUCCAGUUCACUCUGCGUGGUCAGUUGAAACGACUCCAUCGAUACUUACAAACGAAUCGGCGGGAAACGAAACACAAAAUACAAAGAAAACACAUCAACGAUCGUUAAGGCAUUCACUGAUAUUCGCAGGAAGUGAUUAACACAUCGGAAGUGCAAGAUGAGAGUUACGCUCGCCUUAGCUGUAAUCCUCAUUGUUUGUAUCAGCAUUCAAUGCGUUGAGAGCAAAGUAAAGAAGACAACACAGUUGUCUCUACAAAGCAAAGAAACGAACGUAGUGAACUUCAUGAGAUUACUCGUGAUGAGACUUGUGUUUGGAGUUGCAUCGGCGAUGGGUCUCGGUGAAAAUUUAUCCGGUGUGCUCGGAGGGAUUUUUGUACCUCCUGGAGCAGAUGAUUACAGUGACUAUGCCGAUGAUGAUUUCGUAUCAGAUUUCUUUUAAUAAUAGUGCACAUUAAAGUGCAUUUCGAACAUUGCGAACAUCAAUCGAUUUGAAUUAUGAUUUUGCAUUUGAUUCUGUUUCGUUCUAAAAUUGAUACACGAAGUCUCAACCAAAGUAUACGUAUAUACUUACGUUUUUAUACCGUUAUUCGUCAUAUUUUCCGUAUACAACACUUGAAAUAUGCAAUAACCGAA